CAGGUGAAUGUAAUUUGUACAAUCCUUAGCCUCAUUCUCAUCAAAGCCUGUGUCUCGGUUCGGUGGAUUCGGUCAAUUGCUCUCUAACACUCGCAGCCAGCGGAGUGCGGUAGUUCGUUGUUGUGGCGAGUCAAGAAUCUGAAUCAGAAAAUCGUGUGCCAGGCAUCUUGUUCCUCGUCCUUUGUGAAAACACCGUAGACGAAUGAAAAUUUCUCGUCGAAAGUGUCGAUAGGAUGAUUGACUUGGAUUUCAAGGUAAUCGGAUUGGCGUUGCGUUGGGUCCUGACCAUUUCUGCGCUUGUCCAUGGGACUCUGCUGCCCUUACGUAUGGUGCAAGAGCUGGGUAAGCGCGCCAACGUCUUGAGCGCACGGUACGACCAGAUGGAGGCUGGCAUACUUAACUCGAAGAUUCACCUGACACAGGGUACACCCGCUUGGUAUCUAGGAGCUUCACAUACGAUUCUUCCGGAAAUUAGAAAUCUUACGCACAGGGCAAUCCGAUCAGAAACCGUUGCGAUGAUGUUAGUGGCGGCUAUGAAUAUGACACCGAACGAGGCUGUCACGAUCCUACCUUCAAUGGGGCUGGCGGCAUUCGGACUAUGCGACAGUAACUCUGGGGAAUUUUCUGAAAUAAUCGAGAGCUGUGAGACUACGACGUUUCCGAGUAGAAUCAAGUACAGAAGCCAAUCGGGUAGGUGUAACAACCCCAAACACUCCAAUUGGGGUGCUGCUUUCGAGUCAUAUGCCCGACUUCUGCCGGCUGAGUACGCGGACGGCGUAUCGCUUCCCCGGUUAUCGAAUCUCCCAAGUGCCCGAGAAGUAUCACUGGGUGUCCACUCGGGUCUACCGGAUCAGCCGCAUCCAUAUUUGAUGGCACUGGUAGCGUUAUUUGGUCAAUUCAUCGCAUACGACUUGUCUCACACACCGAAGGUCGAACUGCCUGACGGAACGAAGCUCAAAUGCUGCGAUGUCAGCUACGAACACUUUCAUUCCGAGUGCUUUCCUAUAAAGACUGGCAACGACACGGCAGCCCACUGUAUGGAGUAUACACGGUCGGCUCCGGAUCCCGGAAACAUCUUCGAGGGUUGUAGAUUAGGGCCACGACAGCAAAUAAAUCAGGCAACAUCGUACUUGGAUUUGUCUUCGGUCUAUGGAAGUUCCAAUUCGAAGACGAGAGUACUACGUUCAGGUGCCGGAGGCCGGCUGAAAACGCAAAGGAAAAACUUACCGAUGCCAUCUGCAAUACCGGGCAGCUGCCGGAGCGAUAUCGCGGCGUUCCCAUGCUUUUUCAGUGGCGAUGCCCGUAUCAACGAACAUCCGGGUCUCGCUCUCAUACACCUUCUCUUUAUACGAGAACACAACAAGGUGGCAGCUCGACUCGAGUCCCUUAAUGCUCACUGGAAUGAUGACACGUUAUUUGAGGAAGCUCGGCGAAUCGUGAUUGCCGAAUUACAGCAUAUCACCUACAACGAAUUCCUGCCAGUUGUACUAGGCGAGUCUACGCUUGACAGAUGGAAUAUUCGACUUGAGGUGGAAGGUUUUUUCGAGGGAUAUCAACCACAGACAGAUGCGACAUUGUCAAAUGCAGCUGCUUCCGUGGGUCUUCUUUUUGUUGCCGCCAUCACCCCCAAGACCAUCGAUCUAGUCGAUACGCGAUCGAAAAAGUUCGUCAAGUUUGGCGAAAGAUCUUUACUUUCUUCGUUUUACGCACCGCAGGAAAUUUACGAAGCUGGUGCAAUCGAUCGACUGAUUGCUGGGGCAACAGUUGGGCACUCCAGGAAACCUGUGCCACCUGGACUCAAUGAGAUAUUUCUUGGGCGAUAUUUCCACGAUGGUAAGUCUCCGGAGAAUCCGGUCGAUCUCGCUGCACAGCUCAUUCAACGUGGCAGGGACCACGGUCUACCGCCUUAUACAAAGUGGAGGACGUUUUGCGGAUUGCCCGAUGCCAGUACCUUCGCGGAUCUCCGUGGUACGAUAUCCGACGAAGCAAUACGGAGGUUACACCUCGUAUACGGGAGUGUCAAGGAUGUCGACCUCGUUACCGGGGCUUUCGCAGAGGCUCCCAUUGGGGGAUCCAUAAUAGGUCCGACGUUUUCGUGUCUACUCGGACGCACAUUCAGAAAUAUCCGCCUCGGUGACAGAUAUUGGUACGAGAACGGGAAUACACCGGGAGCUUUUACGUUGGAACAGCUAAAAGAAAUACGCAAGAGCUCCAUGGCAAUGUUACUGUGCAACAACGGGGACCAUCUCGAACAAGUGCAGCCAAGAUCCUUUAUUUUGAGCGAUUCUUUUUUAAACCCAAUUUCCAACUGCUCAACGCUGACUACCUUGGACUUAACACCUUGGAAGGAGAGAUUAACAGGAACAACUUGACUUAUUCCUAUGCAAACACUGCAAUGUAUACUUCCGUGCAUGCCACGGAAUAUCCGCAUUGACGAGACAAAGUGAUUCUGUACAGACAUGAGUUGCAUCAAAGCAAUAGCUUUAUGUUAAAUAAAUAAUUUUUCAGUUUUUU